CCCUGCUGUGCUCAUCCCCUCCAUAAAGGACACCCUCCGCCGACCGAUCGCACUUCACACCGCACCGCCAUGGCUAAACCCUCCGCUGGCCUGCACACCCCGCGCCCCUCUGCGCUCCGCUCCUCCUCCUCCUACCCCGCCACCCGCAGCUCCGUGGGAUCCACCUCCUCCUCGUCGGCCUCCGCCGCAUCGAAGCUCCCCGUCCCCGCCGCCAAGGUGGUGGCCAAGUGCCUGGCCUACGACGACGACGACGACAUCACCCUCGCCGCCUCCGCCUCGCUGUCUCCGGAUUCCGCGACAGAGGGGGCCCUCGCCGCCCAGGAGGACGACCUGGGGACGCUCCUCGAUCUGCCGGACCCCGACACCUCCGCUGCUCCUGAUUUCGCGCUGACAGCUUCCGCCGACUCCUGUGUCACCGAGGUGCCUGUGCCGGUGGAGAUCCGCGUCGUUCUGGCCGAGCUGCACGGCGCCAGUGGCCUCAGCCCGCGCUCCAAGCGCCUCCUCGCCGCGCUCAUCGAGGCCGCCGCCUUCGAGCUCGCCCCCUCGGCCACCGCCCAUCGCCUUCGCCGCGCCGCCUUCUGGGGCAAGGUGCGCGUGGCGGUCCUCGCCGGGACACUCGCAGCCGUGGUCGCCGUCGACAUGGCGCUCGCCGCCUACCUCUACGCGCGCCGCGCCAACGACCGGUACCACGUCCUGCCCCCCACCUGAUCCUGAUCGUGCGGCCAAAUUGAAGCUGCUGCUGCUUCUGUCACGUUUGCCCUGCGAUGUCUGGUUGCAGUACAAUUAGCUGCAGGAGUAGGUUGCUAAUGUGUCCUGCUGUUCAAGUGUUAUUAGCUUGUGGUUACAAUCUUUCGUGGUGUUUAACUUAGAUAAGCAGAUCUAGAAACUGUAUGGAACUGAUCAUUGUUCUGCACGCAUCAUCAUCUUGUCAGGUUAUUGCUAGUUUGCUUAAUUA